UCGCAGAAUGGCAAUGGGGUCGGGAGAUAUUUUGCCCUAAAAAAUCAAUAGGGAAAUGCAAGCAAAAUGAAGCUCAAGGUUGUGAAUUUAUCCAACGUUAUCGUGUUCGUCGAUCUCUCUCAGACUCGCUGUGUCAUCUUCUCUAAGAUUCAAUUGGAAUUCGCCGGCGAAUGUUCAUUUCUUCUCUCCUCUCCGGUCGCUUCACGAUUGCCGCGGUAACGGUGAAACCUCUACACAAUCUUCCUGCACUCUACGUGUUUGUUGAAUUGACCCAAUGGCUUUCACUUGUGUAAAAUGUUAUCCAUGGUCUCUCCCGCACGCUCCCCUCUCUUUUUCCUCUAAACCCAUAUCCAAUUCCUCCAUCUUCUUCUCUACAUCAGUCUCCGACCAGCUCGCCUCCUCUUAUUCUUCGAAUUUGGCUUCGUCUUCCCCGAAUCUUCAUCUCCCUCCAGACUUCACUCCGAAGCAGCUUCUCGAGACCCUUCGCCGCCAGACUGAUGAAGUGUCGGCGCUUCGCGUCUUCAAUUGGGCUUCCAAGCAGCCCAAUUUCGUACCCAAUUCCUCGGUUUAUGAGGAGAUUCUUCGCAAGCUUGGAAAGGCUGGGUCAUUCGAGUGCAUGAGGCGCGUCCUCGAGGAGAUUAAGCUCUCCGGCUGUGAUGUUGAUAGAGGUAUUUUCUUGAUUUUCGUUGAGAGCUAUGCCAAAUUCGAGUUGUAUGAUGAAGUUAUGGACAUUGUUAAAGUAAUGGAGUAUGAAUAUAGGAUAAAGCCGGAUACCCGUUUCUAUAAUGUGUUGUUGAAUGUUCUUGUUGAUGCGAAUAAGCUCAAACUUGUCGAAUCUGCACAUUCGAGCAUGGUUAGAAGACGAAUUAGGCAUGAUGUUUCGACGUUUAACAUUUUGAUAAAGGCCCUUUGCAAGGCUCAUCAGAUUAGGCCUGCAAUUUUGAUGAUGGAGGAGAUGCCGAAUUAUGGCUUGUCUCCAGAUGAGACCACAUUCACAACUCUGAUGCAAGGAUACAUUGAGGAGGGGAAUUUGGAUGGUGCUCUGAGAAUCAAAGAACAAAUGGUAGAAUAUGGGUGCCCCUGUACUGAUGUCACCGUUAAUGUCUUAAUUAAUGGGUUUUGCAAACAGGGUAGAAUUGAUCAAGCCUUGAGUUUCAUUCAAGAAGCAGCAAACGAAGGGUUUCGUCCUGACCAGUUUACGUAUAAUACUCUUGUGAAUGGUUUGUGCAAGGUUGGUCAUGCUAAGCACGCAAUGGAAGUUGUAGAUGCAAUGCUUUUAGGAGGAUUUGAUCCAGAUAUAUACACAUAUAACUCUCUGAUUUCUGGACUUUGUAAGCUGGGUGAGAUUGAGGAGGCGGUGAAGAUUCUGGAUCAGAUGGUUUCGAGGGACUGCUCUCCAAACGCCGUCACCUAUAAUACUAUAAUCAGCUCCUUGUGUAAGGAGAACCGAGUUGAAGAGGCCACUGAAAUAGCUCGUCUUCUCACAAGCAAGGGAAUUUUACCAGAUGUCUGUACAUUCAAUUCUUUGAUACAGGGUCUUUGCUUGUCCGGCAAUCACAGGAAUGCUAUGGAGCUUUUUGAGGAAAUGAAAGGUAAAGGAUGUCACCCAGAUGAGUUUACAUACAACAUGUUGAUUGACAGUCUUUGUUCAAGUAGGAGACUGGAGGAGGCUUUAAAUCUGUUGAAAGAAAUGGAGUCGAGUGGCUGUGCACGGAACGUAGUUAUCUAUAAUACAUUGAUCGAUGGGUUUUGUAAGAACAAGAGGAUUGAAGAAGCAGAGGAGAUAUUUGACGAGAUGGAACUUCAAGGGGUUUCAAGGGAUUCAGUAACAUACAACACCCUUAUUGAUGGUCUUUGUAAAAGCAGGAGGGUGGAAGAUGCUGCUCAUUUAAUGGACCAGAUGAUAAUGGAGGGCUUGAAGCCUGACAAAUUCACCUAUAAUUCACUUCUUACUCACUUUUGCAAGGCUGGGGACAUUCAAAAGGCAGCAGAUAUAGUUCAAACUAUGACCUCAAGUGGAUGUAAUCCCGAUAUUGUCACCUAUGGAACCCUUAUUGGCGGUCUCUGUAGGGCGGGAAGACUUCAGGUUGCGAGUCGGCUUCUCCGAUCAAUCCAGAUGAAAGGGAUGGUCCUAACACCACAGGCCUAUAAUCCCAUUAUCCAAGCAUUGUUCAAACGGAACAGAAAUCACGAAGCCAUGAGACUUUUCAGAGAGAUGUUGGAGAAGGCCGAUCCCCCAGAUGCAGUAACAUACAAGAUUGUUUACCGGGGACUUUGCAAUGGUGGAGGGCCGAUUGGAGAAGCUGUGGACUUCACGGUCGAGAUGAUCGAGAGAGGAAAAAUACCAGAAUUCUCAUCAUUUGCUAUGCUGGCUGAAGGGCUCUGUACCUUAGCCAUGGAUGAUACCCUUGUGAAGCUUGUCGACAUGAUAAUGGAGAAAGCCAACUUUUCAGAGAGCGAGAUUUCAACGAUAAGGGGUUUCCUUAAAAUCCGAAAAUUUCAAGAUGCAUUGUCCACUCUUGAAGGUAUCUUGGAUAGCAUAUAUCCCAGAAAAUCUUAUCGAGGAAGAUGGGGAUGAAGACCGAACCGUUGUCUUUUAUUACUCUGGGGGUAUUUUGUACGAAAUAAGAACAUGAUGUUUCUGUAAAUGUAAUGGAGAUCAGCAAGGAAUCUAGAGGUCCAUUUCUGCAGCAAUGUGGCUAUCCUUAUUUCUUAUCUUCUGAUAUAGGAGGGAAGGAUUUAAAUAUCUAAUCAACAAAAAUAUACAAAAGUUAACACGUUUGACUUUAUACAUGGCUUGAAGCUUCAUCA